AAGGGCGAGGUGGGUGGCGGGGACGCCAUCGAGCCCGCUCCCCCCGCCGAGGGGGGGGAUGCUAAACCCGAAGGGGCCACGGCCCCCAAGGAGACCCCCAAGAAGAAGAAGAAGUUCUCGUUCAAGAAAUCCUUCAAGCUGAGCGGGAUCUCGUUUAGGAAGAACAAAAAAGAAGCCGGGGACUCCUCUGGGUCCUCUCCCACGGAGGACCAAGGCAAGGCGGAGGCCAAGGGAGAGGAGAACCCCACUUGCUCGGCCGAAAACCAGCAGCCGGAGGAAAGCCACGGGGAUACAGCCAAACCGGAGGAGCCCUCAAAACCUGCGGGGCCGGAGCCUACAACAGCUCCGGCGGCGGAGCAGAAGGAAGAGUAG